AAGCACUACUUCCAGAACACUCAGGGCCUAAUCUUUGUAGUUGACAGCAAUGAUCGAGAUCGUGUUGAAGACGCAAAGGAUGAGCUGAACAUGAUGUUGAAUCAGGAUGAGUUGAGGGAAGCUGUUCUUCUGGUGUUUGCCAACAAGCAAGAUCUUUCCAAUGCGAUGAAUGCUGAUGAAUUAACUGAUAAAUUGGGCCUUAAUUCCAUCAAGCGUCGUUGGUAUACAUUUGUCCCUUGACCUUUUUUUUUUCUUUUUUAAUUUCUAGUUUGGCCUCUUGAUGGAUCGAUUAAUCACUACAAAUUACGGCAUACGCAAAAUGCAGGCACAUUCAAAGCACGUGUGCAACUUCUGGUGAAGGGUUGUAUGAGGGGCUAGACUGGCUAUCAAACAAUAUUAUGUCCUAAACCUAGGCUUUCCGGCCAAGAGCAUCUUUUCAACGAAUUUUAUGAUUUCAUAUUGACACAAUUUGUAUUCUUCACACA